CUCUCACCUUCAGCAUCUUAUGGUAGAACCGAGUUUCCAGAGCAUCACUCGCACCCACAAUGGUGUUCUCUAAGCUUCUCAGAACCUUUCGUCAAGAUUUCAAGUUUCAAGCCCUACAGACCGAGAGUCGCGAUAGCGAUGAAGAGAAUAUCGAGUCAGAGGAGCUGCUUACCAAGAGGAGCCCGCCGCAAAACCCCUCAAGAGCCUGGAUAUACUUGACAAUCGCAAACGCACUUCUCCUGAGCAUUACCAUUGGUCUAGUCCUCAGCGCUAAAGGCAGCUUUUCGAGUGAAGAGAAGAAUGCGAUACUUAGGCCAGUGUCAUGGUGGUCACCUAUCCUGGACGACAUUGAGAUUCCAAGGUACCAAACCACGCUAAACGGAACGCUCUUCGCUCUUCCAGAAAUAUCCAUCGCCCGCGAAGAGCCCAGCGCUGCCAACGAUGCCGAUUGGGCGCGAUUCGAAGACGUCCUAACACAUGUUGUGACUCGCGAGCAAGUCCUCAAGCUCGGUAAAAACCCCGACACCGUCGCGCGCUUCGAUAAUGAUUAUUGGGGAAUGGGAGAUGAUGCAUACAUGGUUCAGCUGGACGUGAUGCAUCAAAUCCAUUGCCUGAACAUGCUGCGCAAAGCCGCUUUCGCCGACUACCCCGGCUACGAACCCGAGCUGGAUGUUAAAGAUAAGAUGUGGUGGAUUCAUUUGGGCCACUGCACCGACAUCCUGCUACAGAAUCUUCAGUGCAAUGCCAACACGGAGGUCUUGACGUUGGACUGGGUCGAAGAUCGUCACGCUCCAUGGCCCGACUUUAGUGUGAACCGCAAAUGUCGCGACUUCAAUGCUCUCUUGGACUGGCAGCACGACAAUGCGGUCGACACCGCCAAAUUUGAUGCCAUGCCCUUACCGAAGGAUGCAUUCGUGUGGCCAGCCCCGUGGAAAAAGCAAGACUAUGAACUCGGCAUUAAGCUAGGCGACCAUCAUCUGCAAGAAGGGGAACCUCUUAAGGCCCCCCAUGAGCAUCAUGCUCAUCAAUCCAAUGUGACUUCCGGGGGCGGUAGAUUUUGACAAGGGCCGCAAGAGGCUUGGUUUAGAUGGAGUAUCCUAAUCGGUCUACGAAAAGAUGUAUGGGAGCAUCGAAAGGGGAUGCUGGUAGUUUGUCUAAUGACACACACAUAC